GCCUCACAAUCAGGGUACAUCGUCCACUCCAGAUCCUCUGCUUUACUCUCCUCAUUCUCCUGCUGGGUCUUCAACAUUUUGGGCUUUUCUCCCUUCAGGUCCACUAUGCUGGGACGACUACUUCUUCGGAGUGCGGUGAUCCUUUGGCUGGUGCAGACAGUGCACACACUGGGUUAUGGAACUGGAUCUGGAAUAUCCAAUGGACAGGGCCCACAACAUAAUGGAAAGAAACAUCUGAAUGGUGGUGGACGAAUGGUGAUGCCAUCAAAAGGUGUGGGCCAGGCAUUGGGUGCACAGAAUGGAUACGGUGGAUACCCAACAAAAGGCAUAGGCUAUGGUGCAGCUGCUGGUGGAACCAAUGGAGGAGGGACAAAAGGCUAUGGAGCAACAGCUGGUGUAAACAAUGGACAAGGAGGAAAUCCAGCAGUUUUACCCAAUGGACACGGUGCAAAAUCUAAUGGAUAUGGUGUUCAAGCCGGCCCAACCAAUGGACACCAUAUGAAAGGCAAUGGCUAUGGUGCAGCUGCUGGUGGGACCAAUGGAGGAGGGACAAAAGGCUAUGGAGCAAAGGCUGGUGUAACCAAUGGACAAGGAGGAAAUCCAGCAGUUUUACCCAAUGGACAUGGUGCAAAAUCUAAUGGAUAUGGUGUUCAAGCCGGCCCAACCAAUGGACAACAAAUCAAAGGCAAUGGCUAUGGUGCAGCUGCUGGUGGGACCAAUGGAGGAGGGACAAAAGGCUAUGGAGCAAAGGCUGGUGUAACCAAUGGACAAGGAGGAAAUCCAGCAGUUUUACCCAAUGGAUACGGUGCAAAAUCUAAUGGAUAUGGUGUUCAAGAUGGCUCAACCAAUGGACAACAAAUCAAAGGCAAUGGCUAUGGUGCAGCUGCUGGUGGGACCAAUGGAGGAGGGACAAAAGGCUAUGGAGCAAAGGCUGAUGUAACCAAUGGACAAGGACAGGGGGAAGCUGGAAGUAAACCUAUGAAAGGAUAUGGACGACCACUUUAUGGGGCAGGUCAAGGCAUGGGGAUGGGAGCUUCCAGAGGUCUGGGAGUACCUCAGCUAGCCAGGAACCAAGUGUAUGGCGGUAAUGGUUAUGGAGGUCAACCCAUGGGAGGCUAUAAUGGCGCUUAUGGCAACACUGGUUUGGGUCUGAGACCUCAGUAUGGUAACGGAGGAAUGAAGGGGCCUAAGUCAGGCUAUGGUGCUGCAGCUGGUGUACCCAAUGGACAAGCUGCAAGACCCAAUGGUUAUGCUGGAGCCAGAGCCCCUAAUGGGAAUGGAGCUGUGCCAAAUGGUUACGGUAAUAUUCCAAACAGAUAUGCUGCCAAAGCAGACGGUUAUGGAGCCACCAGAGGAGAUGCAUUGAGACCCCAACCAGGUUAUGGAAAUGGAUUUGCCCACAACGGAUACGGAGCUAAACCCAAUGGUCAUGGAGUUAAGAAUGGUGCUGCAGUAGGUGGAUAUGGAAGUAACCCCAAUGGCUACGGAGUGCCAGGCGGAGGCUCAAACCCACAAACUAACAAAGGAGUUGGAGCACUCGGCUAUGGUGGUCCUGCUGGUGUACGUAACGGACAGUUGGCUAAAGCAGCCAAUACUGACUACGGCAUGAUGCCAAAUGGGAAGGGUACAAUGGGUGCAGGUGCGUCCAAUGAAAAGGGACUAAAAGGGGGAGUUCUCUCUCUUGGGCAGCCGAGUGCAACACCAGAGGAGGUUGUCGCACCUCCACAAGUUAUAACUGAAGUUGCAGCACCUGUUACCCCCGAGCCGACGAGUGGUAUCCUUGUUAUGGUGACCCAAAAGAAAUAUCAAAAGCUGCCUUCACCUGUGCCGCAAGGAAAAAGCUACAAAAAGACCCCACUUAUCCUUCAGGCUACACCACAACCAGCACCAGCGAUUCCUCAAGGCAAAGGCCCAAAGCCUGCAUCUGAACCCACAGCUGAACCGGCACCCAUGGGUCCACAGGGCAAGGGUUGGAAGGCAGCCAAAUCUGGACCCGCACCAGUGGUUCCCCAGAAUAGCCCAGCACCAGAGCCGGCAGCAGUCCUCCCUCAAGAGAACGGAGGAGGAGCUUCCAUCUCCAAGGGACAGGGAGCUAAACCUGACUGUGGACCAUCAGGAGUACCAAAUGGACAAUGGAUGAAAAUACCGAGACCUGGUUACAAUGCAGGUUCUGAAGCGUCCACUGGCACAAACACAAAAGGUUAUCAAGCAGGAUCCGGUGUUCCAAACGGAUAUGGUGCCAAACCCAAUGGUUAUGGAGCAGGAGGCUACGCUGUCCCUGGACUCAACAAUGGAUAUGGAGCUGCAGGCCUUGGAUAUCCUUAUGCCGGGAAACCUAAGCAGCCUGGUUACGGGCAAGGAGCGUACCUUGGAGCUGGAUAUGGAAAUGCAAAUUCAUACGGAGGAAAUGCAGGUCUGGGUGAAGCAGGCCAGUCCAAGCCAGGGUAUGGAAAUGGAAAUGGCUACAGUACGGGUGUACAACCUGACUAUGCAAGUCUUGGCCAAGGUGGACCCACUGCUAAUGGAAAAUCAGGAAUGAGCCAUUAUGAGCCUCAGCCUGCUGGCCUCGGUCCAAAUGGAAAAUUGGGCAGCAUGAAUGGUGGAAUGGGUGGCUUGCCUUUUGGCAGUCAGACCCUGGGAAUGGGUGCAGAGAUAUCAAACACGAAAUACGGCAUUGGUGGGUUGCAAUUUGGUGGACAGCCCUUCGGUACAGGGACUAAUGGUGCAGGAAAGUAUGGUUAUGGUGGGAGCCAUUAUGGGCCUGCUGGUGAUGGCAAAUCACCUGGAAAAUAUGGAUAUGGUGGGUUCCCCAAUGGUGGGCAGCUUCUCGGUCUCGCCAGUAAUGGAAAUACAGCCGGCCAAUAUGGUUAUGGAAGAAUGCCUUAUGAAGCUCAACCAGCUGGACUAAGCCCUGAAGCCAUAUCUACUGGCAAAUAUGGUCUGGCUGGGUCACCAUAUCAGCCUGAACCUCUUGGACAGAGUGGAAUAUUAACAGGCACAUAUGGUGGCGAUGAAGUUCCCUAUGCACCACAAACUCUUGGUUUUGGGAGUGAAGCCCAAUCUUAUGGGAAAUAUGAUAACCAGGGACCGUACCAGUCGCAGCCCAUUGAAUCGGCAUCUGAAGGCAGAUCUGUUGGAGAAUAUGAUGCAGCUGGUUUACCAUAUGAGCCCCUGCCUCUUGAGCCAGAUUCGGCUGGAACAUCUCAUGAGAAGGGAGCGGUAUCGACACCAGCAAUUGCAGUCGAAGGCGAAGGGAUGUCCGAUGAUAGAUACGAAAAUGUGGGCUAUAUAAACGGACAAGUGCAGCCAGAAGUUGUUGCAUUUCCUGUAGCUCCUACUCCCAGCCCUAGCCUGGCCUACCCCACUGUCCCAUCCUAUCUGCCUGUGGAGGCCUUCACACCUGAUGUGGUGCCUGGAACGGGUGUUGAGGACCUGCCCAACCCAGCAGGCACAGCUGGCCUCGCCCUUGACUCCGCACCUGCUACAGAAAUGCAGGGCGGGGCUGAGGUGCCAGAGCAACCUGAUGAGUUGCUUCAUCAAGAGCAGCUGCCACGUCAGAUUCACAUUCAGCAGCAUCUCAAACUGCAUUUUCACCCACAAGGAGCAAAGAACAACAAAUAUGACUUGAAUGGCUUCUUUGGGAAUAGUGGCUACCAAGGUUAACCCUGCAGACGACAACAAUAUCUUUUUGUUGGCGUAUAUUUUUUGAAUGUUUCUUAAUUGUAUAUUUUUAUUUUCUUCUGUUUGUCGACUAGUCCUGGUAUUUUCUUGUUUGUUUGUAGAGAUAAAAAAAGCAUUUAAACAUUUUGAGUUGUUAGGUUUUCUGUUCAUGUGUAUUUUUGUGCACCCUGCAUUACCUUCUAAUUUAUUUUGCAUGGGAGAGGGUUUUUUACUACUUGUGGCAGACAUCUGUUUAUUAUUGUACAGAAUUUGAUUGAAUAAAACCAUUCAUGAAUACU